GAAAUUUUCCGAAUUUUCGAGAUGAGUCGGAAAACGGUGGUGGGAAGAGCGUCGCUCUCCUUUCCAACGCCGGACGGUGUACUCGACAUGGAUCAAAUUCUGUCCACGGAUCCGUGGAAACAGAUCGACAAUUUCGUGCAACACAAUUUCAGGCAAAACCUGUUGGACGAAUUUAACGAACGGUUGAAACUGAAUCCGGCGAUCGCGCCAUCAGAGAGUAAGAGCCCGGCAAAGAAACGGGGGGGAACCGUGUCGUCGUCGUCGUCGUCGUCGUCGUCGAGGACGCCCCGUAAAAGUGAAACGGCGGCAACCCCGAAAACGAACGGAGGGAGAUCGGCGGCGAAAGAGAAGAAGAGCGUUGAUCGCUCGAAGCAGCCGAGAGGAAAGGAGACGGCGAGGAAGGAGGAGGACGGGGGAGGGAAAGGAGUUUCGAAGGGGAGGGCGAAGGAAGGUGGGGGCGCCGUUAAGGGGGGAGAGAAGAAAGGGGAGAAGCAGUCGAGGGUGCAGACGAAGGGACGAGCGUCGACCGGUUCGCAAAAAUUGGACACCCCGAUCACGAGGAGAAAUUCGAUGGGAGCGGGAUCGUCGGCCAGGAAGAAGAAGGAGAACGCGGUGGACGGUAAUGAAAAAUUAUCGAUCAAGGGGGAGAAACAGGUGGCGAGGAAGAACGAUAAAAAGGAGGAGGAAAAUGAGGGGGGGAGGAGGAAGAGCUCGGUGAACAGCUCGGUGGAAAAUAAAUCGAGGAGCGUGAUUUCGAUGUCGCAGGUUAAAACGAGCACGCCGAAACGUAACAUUCCUAGAAUUAGCAGUUCCAUUGGCAAGGAAAAUGCUGUCGCCAGGUAUAACGUUUCAGCGUCGAAUCGGGAUUAUUCCGUGAAGAGCGACGUUUCCAUGAAGGGGAUACACCGCGCCAUUUGCGCGAGCACGGAUUUGAACAACAACAACAACAACAGCGAAAACAAGAUCGAGAAGAAGAUGGAGGCUAGUAAAGAAACGAGCGUGGCGAAACUCGAGCAUAAAACUAUGAUUUUGGGAAAGAUUGAGGAGGAGACAAUGGUCGCGAGCAAGGAAAUAUCGAGAAUAUCGAUGAAUCAGAAAACAUUAACGUCGAGUUGCAAAAAGGAGGAUAAAAAAGAAGCGUCGACAGAGAGGAAGAUUGGAAAGCACGAGAAACGUUUGCUGGAACGGCGAGAAAGACGGCGGAAAAGGAACAUAAGACGGCACGAAAGGAAAGCGGAGCAAGCUAUGGAAGAGUUCAGCCAUCACGUUACCCGCAUCGUGAAAAAAAUGGGUUAUUUGUCGGAAUUCAGUUCGUGUUCCAGUAGCGAUGAUGACGUUAGCAGUUAUUCCGAUUCCUACGAUACUUAUUCCGAAUCCUCGAAAGGAUCGUCUUACUCUUCGUCGUAUUAUUCCUACUCGUCUCGUAGCUCGUGCUGCUCUUGCAGUAGUUUGUCCACCACGUUUUUAUAAUUACUAAUUUAAAACAAAUUUUAAAUAUAUAUGUAUAUAUACGUGUGUCAUUCCCCCGUUUAAAUGUCGAAUAUUAUUUAAUU